AUGAGUUAUCGACAGGAAUUUAAAGAGUUUGGUCAGGACUUCUACAAGGAAAUAUGUUUGGCAAGAAAAGGCAGCUUAGAGGUGCAUGCUGAUGCUAUUCAAGCAGGUGAUGGAAAUACUAUUGAAAUGAAUGUUGAUUCAUCCUUCAAGGGGCGAGUUAACGUUGCCCAAGGAGGAAACAACAAUACAUUUAUAUUGUACCUGUUAAAGGACAAUCGAGUUGGUAGGCUAGACUACACAUCAACAGGACAUGUGCAAGCUACAGCUGUGCUUCAUUCAGACGAUCCAGCAUUCCAAGAGUUGGCAGAAAACGCAACUAACCUGAACAUUGAGGAAAUCAACGAGAUGCCUGCUUUAAAAGACAACGACGUUUCUAUUAAUGAAAUAAAACGUGGAAGUCUGGUGAUUUCAUUUAUAUACAAAGUCAAUGAUACAUUGGAGAAAACUCUUGACAAGAUAUUUCGGUGUAUUUUUAAAAAGGAAAAGACAGAAGAAGUAUUUAAAAAGCAUAGUCGCGAAAAUGUGACAGUAUUUGGAUAUAUUUAUAAUCCUCAGGAAUAUUAUCUUGAUUAUGCACUGGUCAUUAAGUUUAGUCCUGAAUCAAACAUAACAAAGGCCAUCAACAACGGUGUUUUCCCAAACAUUCUCACAACUGUAUUAGAGAACAACAGAAGCCGUGGUUUGUAUGUGCCAAAAAGACUGAAAAUAACAGUGGAUAUCAAUGGAAUGAGAGAAUUUUCAAGUACAACUUCUGAUAGAGAUGUUCCUCGAGAAUUACAGACAGAGACUAACUCCAAAUUUGGACAGGAUUUUGAUGUUAUUGACGCUGUCAGUCUAUUCAACAGCAGGUGUCACAGAUUUAAUUUCCUCCGAAACACAGGUCGCAAACAUCGUCUGCCACUACUGCUGACUCCCGGGUCACUUUGCAAGACUCUGCCCGUAUACCCAGCAACUACGUAUACAGUCCACAAAUCCCCAGAGAACCCAAACAACAGCACUUGUUCCAACAUCAACAGCAGACCUGCAGUGAAGUUGAAAUACAGGUUGCGUCUCCCGGGAUCCAACUUAAAGACGGACGAAUUAUUUGGAUACACUCCAAACAAUUUAAAUACCAACAUUACACUGUAUACCUCUAUUGCACCUCACACCACGGACUACUUUGUCAGUGCGGAGAGUUAUCAAAGAACAGUGGUGAAUGAGCCUAAAAUAUUACACAGUCUGGUAUCCUCUAAAGUUAAGGGAGAGAAGGGUGACCUUCUGAAGGUUGUUGAGAUCUGCUGGAGCAGGAUGUCAGGACACAAGAGUUUUCUACCUCUUCCAGAGGAACUCUCCAAUCAUCUCUUCACAGGUGACAAACAACUUGCCAACGUCAUCAUCCAAUAUUUAAACAUCUCUGAAAGAUCUUUGUUGGAAUUAACAGAAACGUACGUUCAAAGACACGUCACUGAUAUAGUCUUCCAUCACACGAAAAGAAAAACUCUGCCAAAAAAGACUGAUCAUUCAUAUUGGUCUAUUUGUCAAGGGCGCAUCAACAAGUGUGAGGCAAGUAUUGCCAUUCGUGUUCCAGGCAUAUCAAUGAGUUCUCUUCAAGGAAUAAAGGAAGAAUAUAAGAUAAAGAACAGCAUGCUGGAAAAUGACUUCAAAAUUCUUUUAGGACUACAAAAGGAUGAAACUCAUAUCAAUGUUGUUAGAUUACUGGCUUAUAGUGACUUAAAAUACUCCCUUCAUUUCUAUGUAAAAGACAACCACAGAAUAGAAAUAUUGGAAAAACUUCUAGAAGUACGAGGACAAAAAACAAGAUUUUCUGGUCUUUGGUUAAAUAAUCGUUUGAUUGAAAUGAUAAGCGCUCUCAAUUAUUUACAUGGCAAAAAGAUCAUUCAUCGUGACGUCACACUUCGGUGUUUUCACCUUGCACAUUUCUCAGAGACGGAAGAGGAUGAAACCGUUUUGUAUGAUUUAAAUCUUGCAAGUCAAACAGGUUUUAGUAUGACAGCGAGUUGUCAGGUAGAAGACAUGCAGGGGGAUGGCAUUCCUAUUCGUUGGUCGGCUGUUGAGUCAAUCCUUUUAAAUUGUUACGACGCCAGAUCCGAUAUCUGGAUGUUUGGUCACGUGAUCCACGAGCUAUUUACUUACGGAUGUGAACCAUUUACUGAUCAGUACAGCUCAACCACAGAUGAUAUUAUAUCAGGGGUAUUAUCAGGAGACAUAUCCCCUUACCGGUGGCCCUGUAUUCCUUAUGACUACCACAAGUUAGCACUAUCAUGCUGGAAGACAGACCCAAAAGACAGACCAUCUGCUGAAGAAAUCCUGAAACACCUCAGAAGGCUAAGGGAUAAGCGAGUAGUAGGAGCGAGUGAAGAAACCCCCGAUCUUCCACGACUCAGUGAGAGUCAACAGGAACGAGGCCAUGAACCAGAAAGGGGCAUUUCUCCGUUCAUAAGAAAGCUUAAAGAGAAAAGCCUAGAGAAAAAAGAAAAUAUUAGGAAAACCGUUAUCGAGAUGAGACGCCAAAGUAUGCCGAAUCCUCGAAGUCCUUUAAAAGAACCUGUAUUGUGCCUUGAUGACAUCAAACCAUUACAUGACCCUGUCGUCGAGGAAACAGGAGAACACCUACGCAUUGCAGAGCAAGUCUCUGUGCAAUUUUGCGAGAAAAUUCUACCCACCAUGAGCCCUGACUUCUGUGAGAAAAUGGGAAUCAUCGCUGAUACACUCUCUCGUGAAAAGGGCAAUAUCUCUGGAAAGGGAAUAGAUAAUAUUUUAAAAUACAUGUAUCCCAAAGCUGUUAAUAUUCUGAAACUACUGAAAGGCAAUGUGUCCCACCAUUCUUCUGCUAAGAUGCUUUUAGCUGUGGCACGGCUUGUUCAGAGAAUGCAUGCAAAAAGAUGGCUGAUGGUUGCCCUGAUAGCAAAGAACAUCUAUAUUCAACAUCAGGAAAACCAAUACAGGGCGUUUCUUGUAAAAUUAGGGACAAUGGUACGCUUACCGGAAACACCCGAUAUAAAUCAAGGAAGUAUUCGUGUCUCAGACAGAUUUGAGGACAUGAUAUUUUGGAUCCCUAGGGAGGUGAUAUCGUUUGGAGAAUUAUCUACAGGAAGUGACAUACUUGGUGUACUUAAUGAGGGUCAGAAACCAGAAAAACCAGAAAAGUGUCCUGGCUGGCUGUAUGAUGAUGUCAUGAUCCCUUGUUGGCAUAGUGAUAGAUCUUGCAGACCAUCGGCUUGUGACAUUGUGGAAAUCAUGACGAAGAGGAUAAGUGAGAACCAAGACAUCACGUCGUCAAGUUUAAAAACAGACAAAAGAUCAUUUAAUAAUCGAGAUGAUACAUCCCCAGAAAGAAUUACUGAGGAACAGAAUCUUGAUGGUGGAUAUUUGGAUGCCAUAGACACUGGAAAACAACAAUGCUGUGGGUAUGACAUGUUAGGUCAGACUGCGGAAGACCAGUAUGAUGAUAUCGCGAAUACUAAUUCCACGACAGAAAACAGUUUUUCUAGCAGAAUGGUUGAAAUAUUUAGUCGAUCAUUUACUCUUAACGAGAAAGAAAUGGCACAAUUUGAAAUGGACUGCCAACCAUCAGUGCCUUCUACGUCAACAUCAUCAUUUAUUUCACCCAAUACAAAUGAUACGAACUUAGAAAUUCCAAUAUUUCGACCUACUGAACCCCAACCCUUCCGUGAUAAGUCUCAGGCAUUUGGAGUUAUGAACCCUGAAUCUCACAAUUCAAAGAGCAACCCACUUUUUCAGAGUUUUCAAAGUAGUGUCGAAUACUCAGCAAGCACAUCCACAGACGGUAUCAGAAAAGAAGAACCCGAAAACAAAAUUCCAUGUGAUGUGCUGACAAAUCCUAAUUCUGACUCGGUGAAUAAAUCAUCGGAUUUUUCGAGCUCAGAAAGUAAAUAAGCAAGGAUUUCUACGGUGAAUAGAAUACAGUAAAUAAUGAAGUCUUCCGGAAUGUAAUUGGUUUAGAAGCACGGAAUAUUUGAGAAAAUAAGGCCACACAUCCCACUGAACUAAUUCAACUUUUGGAUCAUUAUGCAUAUGGUUUAGGGGCAUUUGAACUACAUGUAUUAUGUUUGAUUACAUUCAUUAAAGUAUUACUUCUCUAAAUAUGUCUAUAAAUUCUACUUA